CACAACAAAGCCAACCCAACUACGAGCCUGUACAUUUAUUUCCCUCUUUUUUGAUCCUGGUUUCUGCAACUCGAAGGGGUGAGUCUUAUCUAAAUAAACUUUCCUUUCCUGUUCUCACUUAACGCCCCAAUAACGGAGGACUUUUUCCACCAUUCAACCACCAAAAUGGCCUCUUGCUUCUCAUUGCAGAUGGUCCCUAGCCCUUGUCUCACUUUCCAGGGUCAAGAUGUUUCAAAUGUUCAUAGGCCACAUAUGGUAAAUUCACGGUCAGGUUACUCCCAAAUUCGAACUUUUAGCUCACCUGGAAAAGCCUUAGCAUCAAAAUUAAGCUAUGCAUCAAGUUUCCCUGUUACCCAACUUCCUAAAUCUCCUAACUUUAAAUACCGGAGAAUGGUGUGCAACUCCAUGGUAAAUGAUGUAGAGUUGCAAGCAAAAGUUACAACCAAGGUCUUCUUUGACGUUGAAAUUGGAGGUGAACCUGUGGGUAGAAUUGUGAUGGGCCUUUUUGGGGAUGUUGUUCCAAGAACUGUUGAGAACUUCCGUGCCCUAUGCACAGGAGAGAAAGGCUAUGGUUACAAAGGAUGCUCGUUCCACCGUAUUAUUAAAGAUUUCAUGAUCCAGGGUGGUGAUUUUACUAAGGGAAAUGGAACUGGUGGAGUCAGUAUUUAUGGAUCCAAGUUCGAAGAUGAGAGCUUUGCCUUGAAGCAUGUUGGACCAGGAGUAUUAAGCAUGGCCAAUGCUGGUCCUAAUACCAACGGUAGUCAAUUCUUCAUUUGCACAGUCAAGACUCCAUGGCUGGACAAUAGGCAUGUUGUUUUUGGACAUGUGAUUGAUGGAAUGGAUGUUGUGCGUGAACUAGAAUCCCAAGAGACAAGCAGGUCAGAUAGCCCUCGGGUGCCAUGCAGAAUUGUUAAUUGUGGGGAGCUACCAAUAGAAGGCUAAUAUCCUGUUCGUGUAACCACAAGCAUGAAAUGCACAUUUUAGUAUUGCUUUUCUUCUGCAAGAUGAUUUUACGUGAUAGUCAUAUAUAACAAUCAGCAUUCAUUAUAGCUGAGAGAAUUUUGGAUAAUACUCUGUAAUCUCUUGGCAGGGGUGUGCUAUUUUGCUUAUCAUUUUUAGUGCGGACAAGCUUGCUGAUUCCAUCAAAACUCUACUCCUAAUGAAGCAUCUGAUUUUAUUAA